AUGGCUUCCAGAUCAGAGGAGGAUGUCUGUUGUCCGGUCUGUCACGAUGUCUUUAGAGAUCCUGUUCUUCUGUCAUGUAGCCACAGCUUCUGUAAAGACUGUUUGCAGAGCUGGUGGAGACAGAAACCAACCCGAGAAUGCCCAGUUUGUAAGAGGAGAUCUUCAAGAACAUAUCCACCCCGUAACCUGGCUUUGAAGAACCUGUGUGAGUCUUUCUUACUGGAGAGAGAUCAGAGACCUUCAGAGGAUCUCUGCAGUCUGCACUCUGAGAAACUCAAGCUCUUCUGUCUGGACCAUCAGCAGCCAGUGUGUCUGGUCUGCAGAGAUUCAGAAAGACACAUCAACCACAGAUUCAGACCCAUCGAUGAAGCUGCUGGAGAACACAAGAAGAAACUUCAGGAAACUCUUCAACCCCUAAAAGAGAAGUUAAAGGUUUUUACGGACGGUAAAGUGAAGUUCGAUCAAACUGCUCAAUACAAUCAGGUCCAGGCCCGACACACAGAGAGGCAGAUUCAGGAGCAGUUCAAGAAUCUUCACCAGUUUCUAGAGGAGGAAGAGGAGGCCAGGCUGUCUGCACUGAGGGAGGAAGAGGAGCAGAAGAGUCAGAGGAUGAAGGAGCAGAUGGAGGCUCUGAGCAGAGACAUAGCAGCUCUUUCAGACACAAUCAGAGUCACAGAGGACCAGCUGAGAGCUGAAGAUGUCUCAUUCCUGAAAAACUACAAGGCUGCAGUGGAAAGAGUCCAGCAGUACCUCCUGCUGAAGGAUCCACAGCUGCCCUCAGGAGCUCUGAUAGACCAGGCCAAACACAUGGGCAACCUGAGCUUCAACAUCUGGACCAAGAUGAAGGACAUGGUCUCCUACAGUCCUGUUAUUCUGGACCCAAACACUGCUGGUCUCAGACUCACUCUGUCUAAAGAUCUGACCUGUGUGAGUGUAAAGGAGCAGAAGCUUCCUGAUAAUCCAGAGAGGUUUGAUUAUUUAUGCUCUGUCCUGGGCUCUGAGGGUUUUAACUCAGGGACUCACAGCUGGGAUGUAGAGGUUGGACAGAGUUCACUUUGGGUUCUUGGUUUGUUAGCAGAGUCUGAGGAGAGGAAGGGGGACACACUAUCUAAUGUAAUAGGAAUAACAUUUCAUAGAGGUAAAUAUGGAGCAUUUUCACCAUCAGAUCCAGGCAAGAUUCUCCCAGUACAGACUCGUCUACAGAGGAUCAGAGUGAAUCUGGACUGGGACAGAAGAAUACUGUCGUUCAGUGAUCUUGAUACUAACACACAUAUACAGUACACACCUUCAGACACUCUUUCACUGAAAGGAUGUUUCCAUACUUCAGUUCUGUUGAUAAACUGA